AUGGAUUCCUCCAUGUUUGACGAUGGUGCCAGUUCAGACUUCGAGCCUGAGCCAGUCAAGGCUAAGCCUAACGCAGUCACCAAAAAACCUGUAGCUGUGCCUAAGCCUAAAGCUGCGCCUAAGAGACUCGCCCAGACUAUCCUCAAGCCAACGAAGACGACUGCGGCCAAAAAGCGGCCGAGAGCAGACUCGGAUGGGGAGAACUCUGACGCUCAACCCGACCCUGACUCUAUGGACGACGACUCCCUCCUCUCAAACACUCCUCCAAGCGCGAAGAAGCAGAAGAAAGCACCAGCAGCAAAAAAGCCUACUGGCAAGCCGCUGCAGCAGAUAGAGAACGAGAGCUUCGGUAUGGGUGGCGCCGAUGAGCUCAGGCCCAACAAGGCGGCUCCGACCAAUGCAACAGACCGCUAUCAGAAGCUUACCCAGCUCGAACACAUCAUCAAGCGUCCAGAUACGUACAUCGGCUCAGUGGAACGGACCCACAACCAGAUGUGGGUUUUCAACUCGACUACCGAAUCGAUGGAGAUGCGCGAUGUCAGCUACGUGCCCGGUCUGUACAAGAUUUUCGAUGAGAUUCUCGUGAACGCGGCAGACAACAAGCAAAAUGACAAGAACAUGAAUGAGAUCAAGGUCACGGUAGACCGUGAGCUUGGGGAGAUCAGUGUCCGCAACAACGGCAAAGGUAUCCCUAUCGAGAUCCAUGGAAAAGAGGGUAUCUACGUUCCUGAGAUGAUCUUCGGCCACCUCCUGACCUCCUCAAAUUACGACGAUGAUCAGCAGAAAGUCACUGGUGGCCGAAACGGUUAUGGUGCCAAACUCUGUAACGUCUUCAGCACGGAGUUCACGAUCGAGACCGCCGACUCCAAGGCCCAGAAGAAGUACAAGCAGACCUGGACCGACAACAUGAGCAAGAUGGGCAAAGCGAAGAUCACGGCGAGCAAGGGCGAUGACUUCACCAAAGUCACGUUCAAGCCAGACUUCGAGAAGUUCAAGAUGGACGGCAUGGACGACGAUUUCGAGGCUCUUGCCAAGCGUCGAGUGUAUGACAUAGCGGGUACCCUCAAGGACGUCAAGGUGUAUCUCAAUGGCGACCGAAUCAAGGUCAACAGCUUCAAAAAGUACAUGGAGAUGUAUACGAAGGCUAUCAAGACCGAGCAAGGGGGCGAGAGCCAAACAACCGAAGUAGAGAAGACUGUCAUCCUCACGGACAAACCCAACGAACGCUGGGAAGUCGGAUUCGCAGUCUCAGAUGGCUCCUUCCAGCAGGUCUCCUUCGUAAAUUCGAUAGCCACGACUUCUGGUGGUACGCAUGUCAACUACGUCGCCGACCAGAUUGUGGACAAGCUCAUGGCGAAGAUCAAGAAGAUGAACAAGAAGGGUAUCGCCUUGAAGCCCAACCAGAUCAAAAACCACCUCUUCCUCUUCGUCAACUGCUCGAUCGUCAACCCUGCGUUCAACUCGCAGACCAAGGAGCAGUUAACGACCAAGGCUAGUCAGUUUGGCAGCAAAUGUCCACUCAGCGACAAGUUUCUCGACGCCAUUGGGAAGACCGAGGCCGUCACGAACAUCAUGCACUUCGCCCAGCAGAAGGCCGACCAGCUUCUUAAGAAAUCCGACGGUGGCAAGCGCACCCGCAUGAACAACCCCAAGCUUACGGACGCCAACAAAGCCGGCACCAAGGAUGGAUGGAAGUGCACACUUAUUCUCACUGAGGGUGAUUCAGCAAGUGCGCUUGCCUUGGCCGGUCGAGCCGUGGUCAAUCCGGAUCUAUUUGGCGUCUUUCCGCUUCGUGGUAAAAUGCUCAACGUCCGCGAUGCUUCCAUCGACCAAAUCUCCAAGAAUGCGGAGAUCCAGAACAUCAAGAAGUUCAUGGGAUUGCAGCACAAGAAGGAAUACACCGACACGCAUGGCUUGCGAUACGGCCAUCUGAUGAUCAUGACUGACCAGGAUCACGACGGGAGCCAUAUCAAAGGUCUUCUCAUCAAUUUCUUCCAGGUGCAGUUUCCCAGCUUACUGAAGCUGGAGGGCUUCUUGAUGGAGUUCAUAACACCGAUCGUGAAGGUGUGGAAAGGCGACGUCAAGCAUCCGAAGCAGCUGCAGUCGUUCUUCACCAUGCCGGAGUAUGAGGCCUGGAAGCAGCAGCCGGGCCACCAGAAAGGCUGGGACCACAAGUACUUCAAGGGUCUGGGUACCAGCAGCACAGACGACGCCCAAGUAUACUUUCGCGACCUGGAUCGCCAUCUGAAGGAGUUCCACACGAUGAAGGAAAACGAGGCUGCGAUGAUCGAUCUGGCGUUCUCGAAGAAGAAGGCUGAUGCUCGCAAAGAGUGGCUUCGUGACUUCGAGCCUGGAACUUACCUCGAUAUGACUACCACCAAGAUUUCCUACGAUGACUUUGUCAACAAGGAGCUUAUUUUGUUCAGCAUGGCUGACAAUCUCCGCUCAAUCCCCUCCGUUAUCGAUGGCCUCAAACCCGGUCAGCGGAAAGUCAUGUACACUUGCUUCAGGCGCAACUUGAAGAAAGACAUCAAGGUCGUUGAGCUUGCCGGUUCGGUAUCCGGGCUAACAAACUACUCCUACGGCGAAACGUCUUUGCAGCAGACCAUUGUCGGCCUGGCGCAGAACUUCGUUGGCUCGAAUAACAUCAACUGCCUAGAACCCAGCGGCAACUUUGGUUCUCGUCUCCAAGGUGGCGGCGAUGCGGCCAGCGCGAGGUACAUCUACACUCGGCUGUCACCGUUCGCGCGGCGCAUCUUCCAUGCAUCAGAUGAGCCGCUGCUCACGUACAACGAGGAUGACGGCAAAACGAUCGAACCGCAUGUCUACAUACCGACUGUUCCCAUGGUUCUGAUCAACGGUGCCGACGGGAUUGGUACAGGGUGGAGCACGUCGAUCCCGAACUACAAGCCCGAAGACAUCGUUGAAAACCUCAAACGCCGCAUGUCCGGUACAUCCAAAGAAGAUAUGAUCCCCAUGAAGCCUUGGUUCCGCAGCUGGGGAGGCGAGACAGAGGACAUUGGUGGCGACCGCUACAAGUUCAGCGGCACUGUCAGCCAGACUGGCGACAACGAGGUCGAGAUUACCGAGUUGCCCGUGCGGGUCUGGACGCAGGAUUUCAAAGACAGGCUUGAAGAUAUCAUCAAGGCAGAGAAAGUGCCGAGCUUCAUCAAAGACUACACGGAGUACAACACGCCGACGCAAGUUCAUUUCAUCGUCAAGUUGGAGGACAAGCAGAUGAAGAUCGCACUGGACAAGGGCCUCGAGGAAACUUUUAAGCUGAGCAAGACGAUGGCUACAACCAAUCUGGUCGCUUUUGACGCUCAAGGUAGGAUCCACAAGUAUGCAUCCGUCCUGGACAUUAUGGAGGAGUUUUACCAUGUUCGGCUGAAGUUCUACGAGAAGCGCAAGCAACACCUUCUCAAUGAAAUGCAGCGCGACCUCGACAAGAUGACCAACCAAGCCCGCUUCGUUAAGAUGAUCAUCGACAACAAGCUCAUCGUCUCAAAGAAGAAGAAGGCAGCCCUCGUAGCGGAACUCCAGAAGUUAGACUUCAGGGCGUUCCCAAAGGUGGUCGAUGCCCGCAAAGAAGGCGAGUUCGAGCCUGUGGUCGAGGAAGAUGAGGAUGAGGAGUCCGACCAAGCUGUAGAGGCAAGCGCCAGUGCCUACGACUAUCUCCUCGGCAUGGCCAUUUGGUCCUUGACUCAAGAGCGCGUGGACAGGCUCCUCAAGCAGAUCGGUGACAAGGAGAUGGAGAUUGACGUCCUCAUCAAGAAGACGCCCAAAGACCUCUGGAUGGCUGAUCUUGACGCUUUCAUCCAGGAAUGGCAUGAUGCACUUGCCGACGAGACUAAGCGAGCAAAGAAGCUGGCCAGUAUGGGCCGUCGUGCAUCCGGCAAGCUAGGCAUCGGCGCCAAAGGAUCGAAGAAGCGCAAGGCAGCUGAAGACAGCGACGAUGAAGACGACAGAGACUUCGCUGUCUCGAAAAAGAAGGCUGCCACGAAGCCCAAGACGAAGCAAACAUCGCUGCUCACGAGCUACCUGGCUGCUGGCCCACAGAUCAAAGCUAAGCCAUCAGCCACGCAAGCCUUGCUAAAUGGAGUAACCUCCGAGAUCCCGGAUGUCAAACCGCCUGCGCUGCCCACGCCAAUGGAGCUUGAUGGCGCAGCAUCGCAGGAGUUGCACAAUCCUCCGCCCGCUAAGAAGCGUGGUCGACCAGCAGCUGCUGCUCAGAAUAAGAAGCCGGCGCAGGCUCCUACGCCUGACUCAGAUGAUGAGGAUGACGUCUUCGCCGCUGUGGCUGCGGAAGCAAAGUCCAAGCCAGCACCAGCUGCUAGUCGAGCUGGCCGCGGACCAGCAAAGAAGCCCAAAUACGCCGUCUCCUCCGACUCCGACUCCGACAACGGCGACGAUCUGCUCGGCGAUGUGAGCGCCAUGGUCAAAGGCGUUGGACCGACCACCACGACCGACACAUCUUCAAGCCGUGCCCUAUUCUCAGCCUCCACCCGGCCUGGCAGCGCACAAGGCAUCUCCAGGACCUUUGGCCGUCCAGCAACAAAGCCAGCCACGAUCGUGGACCUCUCUGACGGCGAAGACGAGACGGACUACACGAAGUUGGUCCCGCAGCCGUCACCGCAGAAGCCCAAUGCCGCCCGUACGGCCAAUGAGACCAUCCUGUCUGACGACGACCACGACAUGAAUGACUCCGAUGGCUUCAGCAGCAAGGCGAAACCAGCACCGCCAGCGAAGCGCGCCACAUCAACAAAACCCGCCGCAGCAACAAAGCCAGCGCCCAAAGCCGUCCCGAAGAAAGCCGCGGCGUCUACGACGGCCAAUACCGUCAAGAAGCUGGUCCCGCUCUCGCCAGCUGCGAAGGCUUAUGCGGCUAAGCAGGCCAAAGCGCAGGCUGGUGCAGCAUCAAAGGCGGCGCCGAAGAAGAAGGUCGUUAAUAGCGAUAGCGAAUCGGAGGAAGAUGACGGUGUUGAGAAGCUCGCGAACGAUAUACUGAGCGAUGAAGACGAUGAGGAUGACAUGCCGGUGAAGAAGCCUACAGCGACAGCCAGACCUGGGAGGAGGGCUGCGGCUGCGAAGCCGGCGAAGUAUGUGGUUUCUGAUGACGAAGACGAAAGCGAGGAGGAGGAGAGCUUUGUGGUUGAUGACGAUAGUGAGUGA